AAUAGUUAUUUAAGCAAAGAUCACAACCAAAUAUAGUCUUAGCGACUGUUAUUAAAGCAAUAAUCAAAACGUAAUUAAAUGCGUAUGAGAACAUUAAAAAGUUUGUUUGUUUAUAAGUAAUAAAAACGUAAAUCUAGGCUAUGUUGAAUGGGCGCAGAUGAUGAUGGCUUUCUUAUGGUGCGUUCACGACAACUGAGAACUUGGGGGAAAACGAGGUAAACUGACGUCAGUAAUCUUAAAGUCGUAAAAUCGGAGUUCUAGAAAGAGGCCCAAGUUCCCUACUUGGAUUCCCGAGGUAGAGGACCGUUAAACUAAUUUUCCCUGUCGGAGCUUGUUUUCUCCUAGUUCCCAAUUGUCUUGAACGCACUGAAUAUGGAGGUUUCCGAGCUUCCAGUUGGUUUGAAGGCUGCAUUAGUAGCGCAUCCAAAAGACAAUCGGGUCUGUGCGUGACGUCAGUGUGUCUUGUACUGACUUAAAAGGGGGUAUACCAGUGCUGUACGCUUUUUCUCUCUUCCUAUGAUUUGGGAAAUAUGUAAAUAAAUGUUCAAAGAUUGUGUGUAAUUCAUUGGAAUUCAUGAUUAUAACUACAGCUUUUUCAUUCAUGAGGUUGCCAUGACAACAUAUGUUGUCAAACCAGGUGGAUACGAACUAGCUACUCCUUUCUAGUAUCUCUGGUCAAACUAUUCGACGGCUAGCUAACGUUAAUGCUGCUAGCUAAACAUUUAGCUAAUUAACCUUUUAGCUGACCCCGGUAAACAGAUGUGGCGAAUGCUACCACGAAAACAUGUCAAGGAAUAAGACUGCUGGAUACAAGGGUCCUUAUGGUUAUCAAAAAAGAAGAGAGGGGGAUGGAAGAAGUUGUGUACGUUACAAAUGUGGCCUAACAAACACCAUUCAGGAUGUCUUGCGACAAAGACCAGGCUGGAUGGAGGUCAAAGAUGAUGGAGAAUGGGAUUUUAACUGGUGUGAUGUUGGGUGGCUGAGGGAGAAUUUCGACCACUCCUACAUGGAAGAACACGUGAGGAUAUGCCAUUUCCGCAAUCAUUAUGAGCUGACGCGCAAGAACCUAAUGGUGAAAAACCUGAAGAGGUACCGCAAAACCCUUGAGAGGGAAGCUGGCCGCAUUGAGGCGUCCAAAUGUGACUUUUUCCCCCGGACCUUUGAACUACCCAGUGAAUACCACCUCUUUGUGGAAGAGUUCAAACGGAGCCCGGGCAGCACCUGGAUCAUGAAACCGGUUGCAAGAUCUCAGGGGAAGGGCAUUUUCCUAUUUCAAAAACUGAAAGACAUCAUGGACUGGAAAAAGGAUGGGAGUCGCUCAGAGGAGCAGAGAGAUGAGACUCAAGUGGAGAGCUACGUUGCACAGCGCUACAUAGAAAAUCCCUACCUUAUCAGUGGGAGAAAAUUUGACUUGAGGGUUUAUGUAUUGGUUACAUCAUAUAUCCCACUGAAGGCAUGGUUAUAUCGAGAUGGUUUUGCCCGAUUCUCCAGCACCCGAUUCUCUCUCACCAGCAUUGAUGACCAGUAUGUCCAUCUCACCAAUGUGGCAGUGCAAAAAACAGCGCCAGAUUAUGAUCCUGAAAAGGGCUGUAAGUGGCAGAUGCAGCAGCUUCGGCGAUACCUGACUGCGAGGCAUGGCACAGAGACCAUAGAGGCUCUGUUUAAGGACGUUGACAACAUAUUUGUCCGUAGCCUGCAGAGUGUGCAGAAAGUAAUCAUCAACGACAAACACUGCUUUGAGCUCUAUGGCUAUGACAUCCUACUGGAUCAGGACCUCAAACCGUGGCUGAUAGAGGUGAACGCCUCUCCCUCUCUCACCGCCAGCAGCCAAGAGGACUACGAGAUGAAGUGUUGUCUGCUGGAGGACACCUUACACAUUGUGGAUAUAGAGGGCAGAUUGACUGGCAGAGAGAAGAGGGUUGGUGGCUAUGACCUUAUGUGGAACGAUGGACCCGUCUACAGAGAAGAUGUCAACCUAGAGACACUGGGCAGUGCCUGUUUCACUGCAAACACACACCUCGGCUGUGUAAACGACAGAAAGAAGCAACUCCGUCAGCUUCUAAAACCAUUUCCAGGCAAGAAGAGGAUAUGACACACUACCCCAAAAGAUUUUCCAAUUGAAAUCAACAAGCCUACAUAUCACCACAGUUUCCAUCAAUAUUUCAUAAAUAUGUAUUUUCUUACAACCUCACUCAUAGAUGGUGAGGUCACACUCACACAAUGACAUCACUCGAUGAUUCAGUGCAAAGCAUAUUUAUUUCUAUGCCUUACAAACAACUGCAUUCAACAUUGAGAAAAUAUGCACCACUUUCUGUGUGCGUGUGAAUGUUUAUGACAACUCUACUCCCUGAUCUAUGGCUUAGAUACUUUACAUUAAUAUUGAAUCAAUAAAGUGCAAUUUAACACAG